AUGGAAAAUUUGGUAGCUGAGGAGGAACACAUCUUUCGUAGCCAAUACUCACCUGUCCCAGUUCCUGACAAUGUGACAUUGCCGGAAUUUGUGCUCCAAAAUGCUGAAUUAUAUGCUGACAAGGUUGCAUUUGUGGAUGCUGUGACUGGAAAAGGGAUCACUUAUAGUGAGGUGGUGAAGAGCAUACAAAGGUUUUCAAAGGCCUUAAGAUCACUUGGUCUGAGGAAGGGUCAUGUUGUGAUCGUAGUACUUCCAAAUGUAGUAGAAUAUGCAAUUAUUGCUUUGGGAAUAAUGGCUGCUGGUGGAGUGUUCUCAGGGGCAAAUCCAGCAUCACAUGCAUCAGAAAUUAAAAAACAGGCUGAUUCUGCUGAUGCCAAAUUAAUUGUCACAAAUAUCACAAACUUUGAAAAGGUGAAGGGUCUAGAGCUACCUAUUAUUGUGCUGGGAGAUGAAAUUGUGGAAGGAGCUAUGAAUUGGAACAAAUUGCUUGAAGCAGCAAACCGUGCAGGUGAUGAUUUGACAAGGGAGCCUAUUCAGCAGAAUGACCUUUGUGCCAUGCCAUUCUCAUCAGGCACCACAGGAAUGUCAAAGGGUGUGAUGCUUACUCAUAGAAAUCUAGUGGCUAAUCUUUGCUCUACACUCUUUGGUGUUGGGCCAGAAAUGGUGGGUCAGGUCACCACACUGGGCUUGAUUCCCUUCUUUCACAUUUAUGGCAUCACUGGAAUAUGUUGUGCCACUCUUAGGAGUAAAGGGAAAGUUGUGGUGAUGGGAAGGUUUGAGUUGAAAACAUUUCUCAAUGCCUUGAUCACAUAUGAGGUCAAAUUUGCACCCAUUGUGCCACCAAUCAUUCUCAGCUUGGUAAAAAAUCCCAUAGUAGAUGAAUUUGACCUCAGCAAGCUAAAACUCCAGGCCAUUAUGACUGCAGCAGCACCACUUGCCCCAGAGCUCCUUACUGCCUUUGAACACAAAUUCCCUGGUGUUGUUGUCCAAGAGGCAUAUGGACUAACUGAGCAUAGCUGCAUCACACUCACUCAUGCACAAAAAGGAUUGGUAGAUCCUCGUAAAAAUUCGGUGGGAUUCAUCCUCCCAAAUUUGGAAGUCAAGUUUGUUGAUCCUGACACUGGUCGGUCCCUCCCAAGGAACACACCCGGGGAACUCUGUGUAAGAAGCCAAUGUGUCAUGCAAGGUUACUAUAAACAGGUGGAUGAGACUGCUCAGACCAUUGACAAGAAUGGAUGGCUUCACACUGGUGACAUAGGAUUUAUAGAUGAUGAAGAAAAUGUAUUUAUUGUUGAUCGUAUCAAAGAGUUGAUUAAGUACAAAGGCUUCCAAGUUGCUCCUGCAGAGUUAGAGGCCAUUUUGCUGACACAUUCAUCGGUUGAAGAUGCAGCUGUAGUGCCAUUACCAGAUGAAGAAGCAGGGGAAAUCCCAGCUGCAAGUGUUGUUUUGAGUCCAGGUGCAAGAGAGACUGAGGAGGACAUCAUGAACUAUGUUGCUUCCAAUGCUGCACAUUACAAGAAAGUGAGAGUGGUACACUUUGUGGAAGCCAUACCAAAAUCACCUUCUGGGAAAAUAAUGAGAAGGCUUGUCAAAGAGAAGAUGCUAACAAUUGAUAAACAAUAA